UAUUCGUGUGGUGUUUACUGUAGUGAUUGCCCGUAAAUUUGUUAGGAAAAGCUUUACGGCUAAUAAUGGAUUUAGCGAUUAAAACGGUACAAACACAAGCGUUUUUACUCUGAAAACAAAAUUUGGAUGACCUUUUUACUUGGAAAAUGACAAAGAACAAGAGUUUUGAAGCAUCGAACUGGUUCUUAAUUGAUUGACGCACGCAUUAGAACACCAGUAAUUGCAACUAGUUAUAACACCAACAAUGGACGAUUUUGACAACGAAGGUUGGUCUCAUGUUCAUCAUGCCGCGUUUAGUGGCUAUCAAAAAAGCAUAACACGCUUUGUCAGAUCAAAUCGUGACCAACUUGAUCUUUUGACCAAGGACGGGGAACGUAAAACCCCGCUGUUGCUAGCUUGCAGCAAUGGACAGGUAGAGGUUGUUCGUUUUCUUGUGGAAUUGGGUGCAAAUAUUGUCGCUUUUAAUGCCUCUGGCUUUGGGGUAAUCGAAUUAAGCGCCUGUUCGGGCCAUCUUCAUGUGUUAGAGUAUUUCUUAGAGCUUAAUUCACCAGAGAUCAACGUUUAUAUGUCUUUGGUUCGCGCUCUUGAUAAUGUCAAGGGAACACCUUUGCAAAUCUCUGCAUUGCGGUCUCUCACUGAACUCUCAACACCAGAACGUUUGGAAAGUGUUUUGAAUUCAGGAUCCAUCGACGCUGUUGUUAAAAUCCUGGCCAUGCCGGCUAGCGAAGAUGAUGUAGUUAUCAACAGUUUGCUUUUUUUUGACAAAAUUAUAAAUGUCAAUGUUGAAGUGUAUGAUUGUUUGAGACAAGAACAUGCUGUUAAAGCCCUUGUUGGUCAACUUAAUUCAGAGAACAAACAAAUUUAUUCAUUGGGAGUGAAAAUACUUGCACAACUAGCACUGGGUCAUGCCCUGACUGUGGAAAAGGUAACAAACAAUAAUGGCAUUGAUGCUCUUGUUAAAAUCCUUGAGAAGAAUAUGUCUGACAGUUCUGUUCUACUCGAUGUUCUCAAAACUUUGUCAUCCUUUUGCGAAGCCAGACCCAAAACGCAAGAUGUUUUUGCUGCAGUGGAGAACAGUUUUGGUGUAUUAGUCUGUUUGUUGAGAGAGUGUAAGAGAAGAAAAGUUCUAUCAUGUGUUGCAAGAACCAUAGCAUUGUUGGUGAAAGGGAACGAACGUAACCAGGACUUGUUUGUUGACCAGGAUGGUAUACCUAGCCUGAGGCAAAUUUUGGUGAAAACAAGAUCCCAUGAUGCCAAAAUGGCUGCUGUUUUGGCAAUUAAGGCAAUUGCGAAUAAUGGGACCAUUGCAAACCAAGAGUUGCUACGACGCCAUGGUUGCGUCAAGGUUUUGAUAACAAUGUUACGUGAAGGCCCACGACAUGAUGAGGUCCGACAACUGCUUGGUGAAGCAUUGUGGGCCAUUGCUGGGAUCGAAAUAUCCCAAAAGUACUACAUUGCCAAGAAUAUUGGAAUAAACAUUCUUAUAGAAUUUCUAAAAACUUCAAACCAUUCCUUGAAUUUCAUUGGCUCGGCAGCUUUGGUCGUCCUUGCUGAGGAUAUACACACAAAACAGGAUGAAAUUGUUGCUGCAUCUGCCACUCAAUUCAUGAUUCGUUUGAUUGCCAAAGAUAAAACCCCAGAACAAACUGUUUUGAGCAUCUUUAGAACUUUACGUGCAAUCUGUAUUCAGACAGGAUUUCGUCCACAUGUCAAGGGACAAGGGGUGAUUGUUGCGGAUGGUGGGAUUAAGUUUCUUGUCCGAUUUCUGGUGCAUUCUAGGAAACCCGUUGCCCAAGCAGAAGCAGCAUACACCCUGGCAUGUAUUGCCCUUGGCAACCAUGAUACAAAUGCUGCAGUUGUGGACAUGCUGGAUUUUUCACGCUUGACUGAUUUGAUGUUGCAUGGGAAUAACGACACACAGUUGAUUGUCGCACAUGCACUAGCUCUGUUUGCCUUUAACAACACACACAAUCAAAAGUGCAUAGCUUCAUCAGGUGAAAUUUUGUUCUCAAUGUUCAAACAACCCUUGGACUCAGGUGACUCUAAGACUCAGGCGAAGACAGCAUUUCAAGUGGUGGUCUUGUCGAGAAUUUUCCCAGACGAAGAUCAAGCUACCACAUCAGCUGCUGGCAUUCAUAAGCUGGUCACUUUGCUCCAACAAGAUGAUGAGGACCUCCAAGAUAUGUGCAGCAAUUUCAUUGCAGGGUUAUCCCACACACGCCCAGGUAUCCCAGCAGCCUUUGUGUCCAUUAAUGCUGUUCAAAUUCUGGCAGGACUUUUACCUUCGCAAUCAGAGAGGGUCAGAUGUUGUUCAGCAAUUGCACUGGGUUACUUGAGGCUAGACAAAAGUGGCCAAAGACAGUUGCUGAAUGUCUGCAGAAGCCAACCACAUUUGUACAAAAUUCUGUGCAGUUAUGCAAAGAAUGUGAAGCUUUCGCAAGAGUUCAUUGAAAGAUGGAAGCACUACUACAGGCUGUCUUGUUUGCCACCAAUCAAAAACUCUGUUUUUUUGGUCAAUCAAUCAGACAAGGAUGAAAGGAACACAGUUCAAAGUUAUUCUAAUGAAGUAUUCAGUGAGGCAAGUGAGGACAGUUUGUCUGAAGCAUCUGAAGGGAAUAUGCCAUUUUCAUUGUUGUCGUGAGAGUUAGGGGCCCCAGUCAUCAGUAG